AUGUCAGCAACAAAGACAAUUAUGUUCGUCUUCGGUGUUGACAAAUAUGAAUUUAAACAAUUUUCUCGAUGCUACGUCAUCUGCCGCUGGUACGUCAUCUGCUGCUGGUACGUCAUCUGCCGCUGGUACGUCAUCUGCUGCUGGUACGUCAACUGCCGCAAGUCAUAUCCCGAAGACUACGAUGCAGCAAACAAUAGAAAGAUAUGGCACGGCAAAAAAAUAUCCAAUGAGACUAAAAAGAAAAUUGAUCGAGAUCUAUUAGAUCUAUUUAUUGAUAGUUACCAGCCAUUUUCAUUGGUGGAGGAAAGGGUGUUUAAAACAUUUGCUCGGUGGAUUCCCGGAUACCAACUGCCAAGUAGAAAAACAAUUUCCACCGUCAUGUUGUCUGCAUUGUACAAUAAAACCAAAUCGGAAAUGAAAAUGGUAUUAGGCCCAGAGUGCUAA